AUGGUUAAAACCACAUACGCCCUUACGCUUUUUGCAGCCGUCAGCUUGGCGGCUCCCGUUGCUCAGCUGAAUGGUCGUGCCCAGGAGCAGGGUUCAGUUGAGCACAAGAACCUCAUUGAGGAAAUUCCCAUCAUUGGACCUAUGCUUGCAGGGAAGCAGGAGACGAAGCGCAACGAGGCUCAGCUUCAGCACCGCGGCCUCAUCGACGAGGUUCCGGUCAUUGGAGAGUUACUUGGCGGCAGCAAGGGGAGUCAGCGCCGAGAUGUCGGGAGAGAUGGUAUCACCGGUUUGCCACUCGUCGGAAAGCUGUUUGGAACGCACACACACAGUGGUGGUGAGAAUGGUAUGAACAAGCGCCACAACUUCGGUCAAAACAAUGGCCAAAACGCUGGUCAAAAUGAAGGUCAAAACUAUGGCCAGAACGCUGGCCAGAACGCUGGUCAGAACGCUGGUCAGAACGCUGGCCAGAAUGCUGGUCAAAACCACGGUCAAAACCACGGUCAAAAUGCCGGCCAGAAUGGCGGCAAAAACUGGCAGCGUGACCUCGAAAGCAGCCUCAGCAGCCUUCCUAUCGUCGGAGAGCUUCUCGGAAAGAACCAUGAUAAACUCUCUCACCAGCAGACCGAAACUCCUGCCAAGCACCUCGAGAACCGCGAUGCGGGCCAUUCCAAGGGCGUCUUCGGUAUCCUGCAGUCUUUGACCAGCGGCAGUCCCGUCUCCAAGAGCCACAAGCGCGAUGAGUCCGCUGCUCCCAAGGAGAGCCAGAGCUCUGGUGGCCUGCUCGACGGAUUAAUGGGCCCGAAUGGUCUCGGUGGCCUUAAGGGCAACUCCGAACAUGGCCUCGGCCUUAUCCCAAUGCGCCGUGAUGCCAAGGAGAUUGAGGCCCGACAAGCCCCCAUCCAGGGCUCCACACUGACUGGUGUUCUUCUUGAGGGUGGUGCUUUGGGCAAGGUUACCAAUUUCCUUUCUGGAGGUGCUUUGUCCAAGCCCGGUGCCAGCUCCCCCACUGACAUGAGCGACGGUUCUACUUCGGGUCCCCCCAACCCUGCGUCUGGUGCUGGUCCUCACUCUGGUCCUGGUCUUGCUGCUGAGCAGGAGCAACAGGGGUCUGGUGCUGCUUCC